AUGGAACUAUCAGCAGAUUCCGGUCACAUGGAUGAGGAGGGAAAAAUGCCGUCGUUGCAGGCAGGUACUCCUUUGAUGGGACAUCGCCUGCCUGAAGGCAACAGUGGAGGUGACUUUUUCUUACUGAACCGAAAGAGAACUGAUUUGCCCGUACUGGUUGUCAACAAAUCCGCGUCUGAUGUAUCUGCAUAUGACAUGGGGGGAAAUCGUGGCUACGUCUCCAAUCUACGAAAUGACCCAAGAAUCCCUCAAAUUUUUCAGAGCAUCGUACAGCUCCCUGAAUCUCUUGAAUCCAACUUGGCUACAUCAACAGCAGCAAGGGCGCCAAUUCUACCAGGGGCCUACGCUGUCAAUGGUAUUUCGCCACGUCCAGUUCAUGAUAUAUUGACAGAAUUCCAACAACCUGAACUUCGCAGGACUCUGGCACAACAUCCGCGACCAACGAUUCCUGGGGCCUAUGCUGUCGAAGGAAUGGGCACUGGUAAUGAUGUGGGGGGCAACUGGGGAGAGUACGGGCAGAUUUCUGAAGCAACAAGUGUUACCGCAGAAUAUUCUGAAUCAAUGAGCGCUUCAACAGAUCAUAAUGAUGGCAAUCAACAAAUGGAAAUUCUAGAACCAGUUGCGCCCCCAAAAGGCAGGCACUAUUGGCGGAAAAAGUUGUUCCUCGCCUUUUCAUUCCAAGCAAACUGUGUUCUCAGUAUCGUGAUACUCCUGCUGGUGAUACUAUUCUUCAUUCUAAAAGUACAAGGCGGCAACUUGAGUCAAUCAACAGAAGAACAGAAUGGGGUGAUUCAAAUUCCAAACACUCAAGCAGCAAAUCCAACAGAAAACCAAGUGGCACCAACAACCUUUUUGGAUUCACUAGAUCUACCAGAAUACACACUCUAUGCGAUGGAACAACUCCACUGUAAUGAGAAAGGAGAAAUCAAAGCAUUGGAAUUUAGGAUCACCAAUAAUCUGGAAGGGACGCUUCCACCCGAGAUCUCAUUCUUGCGCAACAGCUUGAAAACACUUGCAUUCCUGCGAGAGUUGCAAGUCAAAGGAACGAUCCCAACAGAGGUUGGACUGCUGACAAAACUAACACUGUUAGAUUUCACUGCAGUUGCAAUUUCUGGCACAGUUCCAACCCAGCUCGGAUUACUGCAGAGUCUAGAGGAACUCGUGAUUUCUACAACACCGAUUUCUGGCUCUCUGCCUUCAGAGCUUGGAAAACUAGGCAACUUAACAAGCUUCCAAGUGGUCAAUACAGACCUAACAGGCUCCCUCCCUGUUGAAUUCUUCCGAAUGCAUCAGCUAACAGCGAUAGCUGUAAUGCACAGCCCUGGACUGAUCUCUGACUCUCUACUUCCAGAGGUCAUUGGGAACAUGCCAAGACUACAAUUCUUAGCACUCGACCAAAGGAAAUCUGGUGAUGAGAUGCCAUUGCCUUCUGAAAUUGGCAUGCUAUCCGAGCUAGAUAACCUGCAUUUGGCUGACUGGAAAAUAGAUGGCACUCUUCCAAAAGAGCUUGGGCACUUAACAAGCCUGUAUUUUCUGGGCCUUGAGGGAAACUCAAUAGCAGAAACUAUUCCUCCCAUCCUGUUCCAGUUGACGAAUUUGAUUAGCCUAAACAUUGAAUCCAAUCAUUUGGAAGGGUCACUUCCCCCUUUGCUCUUUUCCAAGUUGACAAACUUGCAAUACUUGCGAAUCAAUAACAAUCAGUUCUCUGGCUCUAUUCCAACGGAGGUUGGUCUUCUCUCCAAUCUCAAGAAGCUACAACUACAGAAUACAAAUUUGUCAGGUCCCUUACCCAUGACGGAACUUCUUGCUUUGAGGAAUUUGACAAGCUUGGUAGUCGCAAACACAUCAUUAUCAGGCAGCAUUCCUGAAGAGAUGUGUGGCAGAAUGAGUCAGUGGGAGAAGAGCUGGUUUGGUGGAGAGUUCUAUGAAGUGAAGAGUGAAAAUCCAGUAUGCCAUGGGACUUUCCUCUGUGGUUGCAACUGUACUGGAUGCGUCUAG